AUGGCUCAUUAUGACUCGUUGGAUGACAAGGACUCUCUGGAUAUUCAUGACAACCCACCUCUCCCUGAUAAUGUGGUGAAAGAGGAGGACAACACGGUAUAUUUCAUUUAUGAUGAGGAGGUGGAAGAGGAAGAGAAAGAGGAAUCCCGUCCUUCAGAACCCGUCAAACCAGUCAACGACCGACCCCACAAGUUCAAGGACCACUACUGCAAGAAACCAAAAUUUUGUGACGUCUGUGCGCGCAUGAUAGUUUUAAACAAUAAGUUUGCAUUGCGAUGUAAGAACUGCAAAACCAGCAUCCACCACCAGUGUCAGUCCUAUGUCGAGUUCCAGAGGUGUUUUGGCAAAAUUCCUCCAGGAUUCAGACGAGCCUACAGUUCUCCUCUCUACAGCAGUCAGCAGAAUGCCACAGUUUCACAGCUGCUGCCCUUUUCACAGUCAAACCGCACUGACCCUGUGUUUGAGACGCUGCGUAUUGGUGUGAUCAUGGCCAACAAGGAGCGUAAAAAAGGGUCCGACGACAAGAAGAAUAUGAUGAUGAUGAUGGACGAUGAUGAGUCCCAGCCCAAACAGGAGGAUGGAGGAGGUGAAGGAGCAAACACAGAAGGAGAUAAGAGAGGAGACAAGACUCCUGCAGAUGACAAGAGUAAAAAGCUUCAGCCAGGGAAGAUCGGCGUGUUCAGUCAGUCUCACUACUAUCUGGCACUGUACCGCUUCAAAGCCAUAGAGAAAGAUGAUCUGGAUGUUCAUGCUGGUGACCGUAUCACAGUGAUAGAUGACUCCAAUGAGGAAUGGUGGAGGGGGAAGAUCAGAGAGAGAACGGGCUUCAUACCAGCCAACUACAUCAUCCGAGUGCGCGCAGGAGAGAGGGUCUACAAGGUGACACGCUCUUUUGUUGGCAACAGAGAGAUGGGCCAAAUCACUCUAAAGAAAGACCAGAUUGUGGUGAAGAAGGGUGAGGAGGUAAACGCCUACCUGAAGGUCAGCACAGGACGGAAGAUCGGCUUUUUUCCAACCAACCUGCUGCAGGAGAUCUGAAGAAGAUCAGCAGACGUCGCUUCAAACCUCAUCAUAGUUUCAUACCCUACUUUAGCUUGCACGCCUGGUCCAAAGCAGCAAUAACACUUUAUUCUUUAUACUCUUACAACACACGUUUUGCUUUGUUUGACCUUGCAAAGCCCAUGUGUUUUGGAGGCAUGGGAUAAAUGGGCCGGUAAAUAACAGAAUAAAAAUAUAAAGGUUUGGUCCACAAAAACUAAACUAAACUGAGCAUCACGGUUGUUUAUUUAAAAUUACAUUUUUCUCUGUUCAUACAACUUCAUGCAAGUGUUUAGCCAUAGUCAACAAGACUAUACAGUGCACAGGUCACAUUCACCGAUUUUAUUUUUAGUCAGAUUUUGUAUCUCUUACUUUUAAUAUCACAGCACUUUCUUUUGUUUUAGGAGCUCUUGGGCCCUGCAACUGUGUUAAACUACAAUAUACACUAAACCAUGUAUUUGUGAUUACAGUUAAAGAGGGGUUAGAAAUGAUGUCACCUCUUCCUGUAGACUUCCAUUGAUGUUCUGUAAAAAUGUUUUUGUGCAUCUUGCUAUUUUGCUCCAUUUUGCAACAGUUAUUUCUACCAACAAUACUUGGCA